AUGCAUGGACGCCCCCCAAUCUAUGUCAUCCAAUUUUGUUGGCGUCAACUGAAAGUCCAACUCGAUGCAAACUUUUUGGUUGAUGAGAUCGAUGAGCAUUUUGAUUUCAUUUUGAAGCGUUACACGGUUUUUACUUGGAUGCUUUGUAAACAUGGUUUACGUCAUUGUGUCCUCUCCAACGUAUUGACUGCACCGGUUGCGGUUUGGGAUGACAUCAUCGAGUCAGAGCCUUUUAGUGUGACCUAUCAACAUUCGGGAGACUCGCGAUGGGGUGUGCUAUGUUAUUUCUUUGGUGAUGUUUAUGCUUCGACUCCAAGCCCGCCGUUGGACCGAAAUUCUACCAAUGAUGGGUAUGAGCUGGAGCAGCCAAACUGA